UGAAAAUGCACUGUAUGGCUACUCUAGGGUAUGCGCCUAAUCUGUCGUCAAUUGAAGCAUGUCCCGCCGUCGACUUCGGAAAAUACGGGCCGUUCGGGAUUGACGUGGAUUCGACGUGAAGUUCAGGAUGCGUUUCUGCGAUAUGCCUGCAAUACAUCAGAUUAGUGUCAUAUUUCCCUCUAUCACUCCUACAGUUGCCGGUAGCCAGUCUCAUAGUUGGUUCAUACGAAGGCUGCUUGGAGGUACCAACCGGAAAAGCGGGCAAUGAGUAAUGUCCGACACCAAUCGACGCGUUUUGGUGUAAGCUGUAAUAACCCAAUCGCCGCGUGAGGUUGUAGUGUAUAGGACCGUUUUUCUCUAGAUAUUCCCCCUCCUGUGUCAGAAAACAUACCACUUCUUAUAUUCGUCUCUUCAAUAGAAAGCGGCGACAGAGCGAUCAUGACGGCCCGUGUUUUCCUCAUCCGCCAUGGUGAGACGGAGUGGUCGAAGGGGGGCAAACAUACAGGCAGCUCUGAUAUCCCCUUGUCCCACGAGGGCGAGAAGCAGGUCGAAGAAGCGCGCGCAGCCUUUGUAGGCGAAGGGAAGUUGAUCAAUCCACAAGAUAUUGGCAGAAUCUACUGCUCUCCCAAGGGCCGCGCGCGGCGAACCGCUGAGCUCCUCCAUCUUGGUCUCCAUAGUCACCACCACUUUAAGGAACGGGAUGGUUUCAGCGUGUCGACGUCCUCUGCUCCAUCGAGCAAUUCCACCAUCGUUGAAAUCACUCCCUGGUUGCAGGAGUGGGAUUACGGUGAUUACGAAGGUCUGACCAUUGACGAAGUGCAUGAAUUACGCAAGGAGAGGCACCUGGAUAAUGGUAAGAGAUGGAAUAUCUGGCGUGAUGGAUGUGAAGGUGGAGAAUCCCCCGAACAAGUCUCUGACCGACUCGACCACCUCGUUCACGAGAUGAGAAUCGAGAUUGAGCGCAACACCAGACCCACGGCAGCAAAUACGCCACCGAGCCAGAAGCCCAAAAAUAUCGUCUGCGUGGCUCAUGGUCAUAUCCUUGCGGCGUUAGCGCUGCGUUGGGCUGAACAGCCGCUCAAGAAUGGUAUGCGUAUGUUGAUCGAGACUGCGGGUGUGGCUGUUCUAGGAUAUGAGCAUGACAAUUUGAAUGAGCCGGCUAUUACGCUGGGAAGAGGUCCGAGGAGAUAAAUCAAUUGGCCGAGCUGAGAUUCCUGGAACGCAGUACAAGUUUAAAUCUACAGACUGCAGGGAUCGAGGCAGGUUCGAUGCAAUUGAAAGAGCUCUAUUAUCUCUCAGAAAUAGUUUAGAUGGUGUGAGUGGAGUUAUAGUUAUUAUCAAGAAUUAAACAUGUUUUGCGUGGUA